AUGGAUCAUACUACAAGAUUAUUUUUCUUAUACUUUAUAAUUAAUUCAAUCGGAACUGUUAUUCUUGUGUCUAUGCGAGACUGGUCAAAGAAUGAUGUUAUAAUUGACAUUAAUAAAGGCUAUACUCUUCAACGAUUAGGUCUAUACUCACCUAAUCUCGUAGAAGAAGUCAUACAUACGUUCGUACCUAUAUCUAGAUUUUGUAUUACGUCCCCACAAACAGAUACAUGUCAAUAUGCAUCAGCACCGACAGAUAGAAAUAUGGCACUUCUCACUACUAUGAUGUCAUCUAAUAGUAUCAUUCAUAGAUUCACAUCGUAUAACAGUGAAAAUGUAUCGAGACUGAUAGGAAAAGACAUGAUUCGAGUGCUCGCAGAACAUCAUCCAGACAAUAUUAUUAGACAUACCAAAUCAAUCAUCCAUUUUGUUAGUAAUAAAUUCUUUUACAAUAAGACUGUCGUCGAUACCUUCACUACAACAACACCAGGCAGCACUAUUGAAAGUAAACCCAUUAUUUCUCGUGUUCGCUCAGAUUUAAUUGACAAAUUUCUCAAACAGAUAAGUAGCAAUAUCAAUAAAGUUGGUUUAGAGUUUUUAUCUAGCGGUGAUUUGAAAAUAUUUUUAGCUGCAGCAUUUUCUACUGUCGACAGUUACUACACUGUCUCUAAUACUCAAGAGUCCCUCGAUACUUUCUUUCAGUAUGUUGUAGGACAAUCAAUUUUUGCACUCCGCUACUGUUCAUUAGUUCAAGACAAUUCAUUGCCAUCUCAACCAUGCAUAGCUAUCUCUACUUUAUUCUUGCGUAUUCAACCUGACACUUCAUUGACAUAUUCAAUUUAUCGGUUAACUGCAUUACCAAUCGUUCACAACAACGACAUGUAUGUAUAUACAAAUCUGCCACAGGUAAUUGGUAUAGAUCAUAUCGAUCGAAGAGUAAUCACAUGGAAAGAAGAUGUCGACAUCAAACAGUGCAUAUUUUCACGUAUUGCUUUAUGCAAAAAAUCACCGAUUUCAAAAUCAUUAGCAAAAUCUUCAUGUCUUUCACAACUAUUAGACAAUACUCAAACAACUACAGAUAUGUGUCAAGUUACUCGAUCCACAGAUAUCGAACAAGAUUUUAUGCAAAUUGAUAAUGAAUUAUGGCUUUUCUUUAAUAUACACCGUGCCGAACAAUGUCAUAUUUAUUCGAAUUCCAAUGAUCACACCGAAUCAAUUUCAAUCAAUGAACCUGCUCUUGUGAAUAUACCUUGUAACAAAUCAGUUCAAUGCAUCGAUACUCAAAUGCCUAUUACAUCUUGUACUCCACAUCGAACACUCGUGACUGCUAGUCAAAUAUCAAAUUCUAAAACGCAACCACGCAUUUUUCUUCCAAUAAAAAAUAUGAUAAAAAUGAUAGUCUCAUCGUAUGAAUCCCAGUUUGGAAAAACAAUCAAUGAAUUAAUAGAUAUUGUAUCAUCGAAAAAACCAAGCAUUAAACAGAUUUUACAAAUGGGACUAACAUACACUUUAACUGCUAUUUCUCUUCUUCUAAUUGUAUUGUUUCUUUAUCUCUUCAAACUCGUCAAAUUAAAAUUUCAACAAGACACAAAGUAUCUUAAAUCAUCUGUACAUAAAAUACUCUCAUUAUAA